GUUCAUAAACCCAUACCAGUUCUUUCUGGUUUGCCCAUUCCAUCUAAAGGGGAAAUCUUCGUUUUCGUUUUCUCUGUUUCCAGCUUCAGUGUUUCUGUAUUCGCUUUCUGCACUGGCUAACUCUCAGGAAGAAACUCUGGCAGAUUCCAAACUCGAGAACCAACAAGUGGUUCUUGCGCUGUAUGAUGCCUUAAGUUCACGUGACGUACAAACAGUGCACCAGAUUCUAGCUCCUGACCUCGAGUGGUGGUUCCAUGGCCCGCCGACUCACCAGUUUAUGAUGCACCUUCUCACUGGCGCUUCAUCACCCUCUGAUCCUUCUUUCGAAUUCAAACCUCUUUCCAUCACCUCCUUCGGGAACGUCGUUAUCGCCGAGGGCUGUGAUCACAGCCGUCAAAUCUCCUGGGUCCACGCCUGGACUGUUACUGAUGGGAUAAUUACUCAAGUGAGGGAAUAUUUCAAUACUUCUCUUACCGUCACUUGCCUUGGAAAAUCAACGGUAGAGAUUAAUCCCGCGCUUUGCCCGUGCGUUUGGGAGAGUAGCUUCUCCAACCAGGUCGGAAAAUCUGUCCCGGGUCUGGUUCUUGCACUAUAAUUACCUAAGAUAAAACAGCCGUGUGUGAUCAGGUGCAGCCGUGAGUAGAAUAACAUUGUGAGAUAAAUAACAUAAGGACUGCGCGUGUCUGAGAUGUGAGUAGAGUGGUUGGCUUGCUCUUGUGUUUGUUUGUUGUGUUUGGUUGUUUUCAUUGUGAUGGGUAGAGUUCGACCCAUUUGGUGCUUUGAAUGUGCAAUAAAGAUAAAUUUCUUCAAUAA